CUCGUCAACCCAGCCCAUUCUCCCGACGACGAUCCAAGGCAAUAAAGGCCGUACCACCCUCCAACACCCUCCUCCGCCGCCGCCCCAUGCCCGGCGACACAAGCGCAGUCAUCUCAACCUACGUCUCGACCAUCUUCUCCGCCUUCCUAGCCGCCGCUUUCUCCCUGCUGAUCCUCGCCCUCAUGCUCUACCCGACGGCCGUCCUGCGCUGGUUGCAGCGCAAGCGCUACCAGUACGAGGUCACCUUUUCGCUGUACAUGCUCACGCCCACCGAGAAGUUCAUCUUCAACUCGUUUCUCUUCCUCUUCCUCAGCAUGAUCGUCAUCGCCGCCUCGCUCUACCUGCCCGAGCACAUCUCCAUGAUUGUCAACCGCGCCUCCUACUACCUUGCCGGCGAGCCCUCGUCGGGCCUCUCCUCGAUCGCCAAGCGUGACUUUGUCGACUCGUCCGUUGCCGCCGUUAAGACGACCGCCGAUCACAUUGCCGGCAACGGGGCCGGCAUGAUGCCCGCAUGAUGAUGAUGAUUCGUUGCCUGUUGUUUCUACCUACCUACCUACCUUUCUUUUUCUUCCAUUUUCACGCUCGCAACCAUGGGCACGAGUUACCGGUGAAGGGUGAGCUUGUUUAUUUUCGGGGAAAAGAGUUCCAAGUUGCAAGCAAUUUUUAAUAUAGCGUUUACUUGUCGCCUUGUGCAUGGGAAGCGCAGGGGGUCAGGGAAAGAAAAGACAUAUGGCGCUCGGCGGUGCUGCAGCAGAC